UUCACUAUUUUCUUGAUUUGUCAAUAUCGUCUAACAGAAAAAUUAAUAGCGCUCUUUAAAACAAUUUCAACGACCCUCGUUCAAAAAGCAAUAAAUUAUUUACGGUCUAUGGCAUAUCAAGGUGUAGCGUCGUUCGAUUCCAGAGCAAUAACUCUCAAUGGCAAAAGGACUCUAUUGUUGGGCGGUAGCUUACAGUAUCCAAAGAUUCAUCACACUCAGUGGAACAACACACUGAAACUGGCAAAGGAAUGCGGACUGAACUUCCUCGACAUAUAUGUAUUCUGGAACGUUCAUGAAAAGAAACGAGGCAUCUUUACUUUUACGGAAGAAGCCGACAUAUUUCGUUUCCUUCAAAUGGCUCAUCAACAUGGACUUUUGGUGAUGCUUCGUCUUGGACCUUACAUUUGUGCCGAAACAAGUUAUGGUGGAUUUCCUUGUUGGCUGCGAGAAAUUCCAGGAAUUCAGUUUCGUACGUACAAUGAUCCUUUUAUGCGCGAAGUGAAAAGAUGGUUAUUUUAUAUAACUACCUUGUUGAAAGAAAAAAGGCUCUUUUUUCCUCAAGGAGGACCAAUCGUAUUGGUACAACUUGAAAAUGAGUACGACCUAGUGAGUAAAAUUCAGCUCUCCAAGGGAGAACAAUACCUCAAUUGGUACAAUGAACUUUAUCGAGAGCUCGCCUUUGAUGUUCCUCUUAUAAUGUGCAGAAGCAGUCCUGAAGAAGUUGGAGAGUUUUGUUCUUGUAGCAAGGAGCCAGAACUUUCCACCAUUGCAAGUGUAGAGACUUGCAUCGAAACCUUCAAUUCAUUUUACGGACAUAAGAAAAUUGCUGAUUUGCGAAGAAGAAAGCCUCAUCAACCUAUCCUCUGGACGGAAUUUUGGAUUGGCUGGUAUGAUAUUUGGACCUCCGCUCCGAGAAAACGUUCGACAGAGGACGUCAUUUAUGCUGCACUUCGAUUUAUAGCGCAAGGUGGUGCAGGUUUCAGUUACUACAUGUUUCAUGGAGGCACUCAUUUUAACAACCUUGCCAUGUAUUCACAGACUACUUCCUAUUACUUUGACUCUCCUAUUGAUGAAUAUGGAAGACCGUCUUUUUUAUUUUAUAUGUUGAAAAGAAUCAAUCAUAUUCUUCAUCAGUUUUCUUCUCAUUUAUUGUCUCAGGAUCAUCCUCAAGUUCUUCAUCUCUUGCCUCAAGUAGUAGCCUUUAUUUGGCAAGAACAUUCUUCACAACAAAGUCUUUCCUUUCUCUGUAACGAUAGCGAGCAAAUUGCAUAUAUCAUGUUCCAACAGUCCAUGAUGAAAAUGAAUCCUCUCUCCGUAGCUGUCUUCCUUGAAAACGAAUUGUUGUUCGACUCAUCGUCUGGAUAUGAUUGGCAAAUACCAUUCAGAGAUUUUAAACCACUUGAAAGGGCAUAUUUUCGUGAAUUGAAAACUUUUCAGCUUGAUAUUCCUAUUCCACCUCUGAGUUCAAGCUGUGACUUUUCCCAGUUACCUGAUAUGCUAAGUGUGACACAAGAUGAAACGGACUACAUGUGGUAUAUCUCGAGUGCAACGUUGCCAGUCAGCUCCAAAGAAUUUACUUGUGAAAAAGUUUUGCUUCAAAUAGAAAUGGCUGAUUUGAUUCAUUUAUUCAUCAAUCAACAAUACAUGGGAAGUUCUUGGAUAAAGAUAGAUGAUGAAAGAUUUGCCAACGGAAAGAAUGGAUUCCGGUUCUCUAUCGAAUUUGAAAACAGUGUGUAUCCACAGCCUGUGUUUUCAUCAAACAGCAAGCUGUAUGUAUCUAUCUUGGUUUGUUCCUUGGGUCUGAUAAAAGGAGAAUUUCAGCUGUGGAAAGGAGCAACCAUGGAGAAAGAAAAAAAAGGACUAUUCAAACAGCCCAUAAUACACUUCGUUGUAAAGCAUUCCGAACUAGAAACAGAGACGAUUCCUUUGUCCUUUACUUCCUCGUGGGCGAUGAUGCCGCUAUCUAUUAUGAAAGACCAUCAGUCCGCUUUUGUAAAAGAAUACAACAUCAAGAAUGUAGACAAGCCAUUAUCCCUAGGUCCUACUUAUUAUAAGCAAACAGUCAUUAUAAACAAAGCCAUGAUUGACGCGUUAAAAUGGGGCCUUGUCAUUGAUUUUUCCAGUAUGACGAAAGGAAUCUUUCGUUGGAAUUCCUUUUGUUGUGGUCGCUAUUAUAGUAUACAAGUUUUAGGGAAGGAAAGAGACCCGUCCUUGAGAAAUUCACCAGUCCAAGAAGAUCAUUUAUUCAAGAGUACACAAAGAUAUUACCAUAUUCCAAAAGGAGUAUUACAAGAAAGAAAUGAGCUGGAAGUCUUUGAAGAAAUUGGAGGAAAUUUCAUGCAGUUGCGUAUACUGUUUGUGGAGUGAUAAAUUGGAGAUUGCCAAAAACUAGUUUUUAUCCAAUAAAGCUGAAUGGCAACUUAUUCCACAAAAUUCCUUACUUUUGAGUAAAUGAUAACAAGACUAG